CCGCACAUACGUUUAACAACGCUGGUCAGUUGGUUAACUUAAAAUGAAUCAGUUAUGAUAACAGACUCGGGCAAUUGUUGAUAUAAUAUGGCACAAAGUUAUCUUUGUGUGACUUGAUGAUGUACGCAUAUGUAAAUAUAUAACUAUUUUGUUCAAUCGAAGGGAAUAUAACCAGUAAACCUCUGUCAACAAUGACAACAACAGGUCAGGUAAUCAGAUGCAAGGCAGCUGUUGCAUGGGGGCCUGGGAAGCCUCUGUCUAUUGAGGAUGUGGAGGUGGCCCCACCAAAGGCCCAUGAAGUCCGCAUAAAGGUUGUUGCCACAGGUGUGUGCCACACAGACUGGGAAUUCCUGUUUGAGACUGGAAAGGGGAUGAAGAUUAGACCAUUCCCGUUAGUUCUCGGCCAUGAAGCAGCAGGGGUGGUGGAGAGUGUUGGUCCAGAAGUUACCAAAUUCUCAACAGGUGAUACAGUUAUUCCUCUUUUUCUGCCACAGUGUGGGGAAUGUGAACGAUGUCUGAGUCCUAAGACAAAUCACUGCAGGAAGAACUGGGCAAAUACACAAGCAGGUGUGUUGGCUGAUGGCACAAGCAGGAUAUCUUGCAAGGGGCAGCAGGUAUUCCAGUUUCUUGGCGUCAGCUCUUUCUGCCAGUACACAGUGGUUCCUGAUACCUCACUGACAAAGAUCAGAAGUGAUGCACCGCUGGAUAAAGUGUGUCUCCUGGGCUGUGGUGUCUCCACUGGUUAUGGUGCUGCUGUUAAUACAGGCAAGGUCGAAAGAGACUCCUCGUGUGCCGUGUUUGGGCUUGGAGCUGUCGGGCUGGCCGCCGUCAUGGGCUGCCGGGCUGCUGGGGCGAAAAGCAUCAUCGGGGUCGACAUCAACCCUCACAAGUUUGAGAAAGCCCGAACGCUUGGAGCCACAGAAUGUGUCGACCCGAGAGAUCACGCCAAGCCCAUCCAGGAGGUUCUGGUUGGGAUGACAGAUGGAGGGGUGGACUUUGCUCUGGAGUGUGUUGGAAAUCCAGCUGUCAUGACUGCUGCGCUUGAGUCUACGGCAGACGCCUGGGGAGUCUGUGUCAUCGCUGGGUGGACGGAGACGGAGGCGAUGAGCGUCAAGGUUGAAAAGAUCCUGAUGGGACGCACCUUGAAGGGGACUUAUUUUGGAGGUUGGAAGAGUGUGCAGGAUGUGCCUAAACUGGUGGACGAGUACAUGAACAACAAGCUGGAGCUGGAUGAGUUUAUCACCCACAACCUCCCGCUGGAUCAAAUCAAUGAGGCCUUUCACACUUUGCAAAGUGGGAACAGCAUCCGUACUGUGAUCAGUCUGUGGCAAGAGGAGGCUUAACCCGAAGUGUGGACAUUCAGUGUCAUUUAAUGAUAUUUUUUGUUUAACUGUGCAGUGUUUUUUCUCAAACUGUUUAUGCUGUUUUUCUUAAAAGAUAAUUAAAAUGUUUUCCCUGCUUGACUUGUAGAAAGUACCCUUCUUGGCCACUAGAUGGCAGUCUUAUGUCAUGUAAAAGCUGUGUUUGCA